AUGAGCCAUGUGCAUUUGUUUAGUGAGUUGACAGCAAUCACAAACAAUUUGGAUCAUUUCAUUCCGCUUGGAGUUCUGUAUCUUUAUGGACGGCCUCCAAUGCCGUCCAAAUGUUUGGAGGCCCCCGAUGGUUGGAGCUGGCUAGAGCUGCCGUAUCAAGGCGACCUGGAAUUGCGGCCAGGCACAGGCUUGAGCAGUAUAAUGCAUGACCUGCGCUACUUAAACUCUCGGGGACACGUGAGGAUGACAUAUAAGCCACUUGAAAGCGAAGUUUCAGUGGUGAGGCUUUAUGUGUUGCCUCACGAUGUCAAAGAUUCGCAAGUGGUUCAGAAAUUCAGAUCUCUGUACGCUCGUGGCGGACGCGCAGACAGUUGGCAUGCAAAGACAUACAAGAAUGUUAUGCUGAACUUGAUCAAAGUUCUGGAUUACGAUGAGGGUGCCUGGAAUCUCGUGUCAGAUUCCCAGCUGCUAAAGUACCUCAAGAACCAUAAUAUUCUUCUGUUUCCCUCGAUGAGCCAAUUCAAAGCAUACAACCUUGCAAACAUAGGGAAAACCUGUUUGGAUGAACCCUUUGAUCAUCAUCUGAGAAGAAUGAUAAAGUGUUUGUCGUAUAGGAGAUGUCGAGAAGAACCCAAGAAAGAAACAAUUGAAGACCGACUCAUCAGAAUAUACAGUCAAGUCAAUUCGCCUAAUUUCAAUUUAGAGGAACUGGACUCCGGGUCAAGAGAGACCAUCAAUGAAAUCUUGAAUGGGAAGAUUCCUGGAAUGAAAAGUGACCUAUACAAUUAUCAGAGACGGAGUGUUGCCAAGAUGUAUGAAAAGGAAGUCUCGAUCAGAUCAGUUCACAUUCCCAACUUGAUCAUCCUUCCUCGAGACAGCAAAUCAUUUUAUCUGGACAUGCAAUCGCUGACAUUUAUGAAUAAUGCAUCGUUCUAUCAUACACCAAGAGGAGGGAUAUUGGCGGAAGAUAUGGGUUUAGGAAAGACGUGCAUAUGCUUGGCCCUUGUAUGCCUUUCAAAGUAUCAGAUUUCCGAGAUUCCCCCAGAGAAUCGCUCCAAAACCACUCAUAAGCAUAUGCUGAGCCUUUUGGAUAUAUGCGCCAAACACAUCAACGAGCACUCCAUAGAAUGGAAGCAGUUUCAUCACGAGCUACCUCGUGCUUGCGUCCAGAAAUUAGAAGCCAACCUGGGAUGCUUUGAGGUAUUGCAGUUCAAAGUUCCAAACUACACAACACGAACCAGUCGAGAUGUUGUGACUGAGACCAGAAAACUCUAUGUGACAUCCUCGUCGUUGAUCGUUGUUCCUGAUAAUUUAUUCCAUCAGUGGAAAAUUGAGAUUCGAAAACAUGUACAAGAGGGCUACUUGAAAAUACUGGAACUUCAAGGACAGGCUGAACUUCCUCAAAGUGUGGCCGAGGUAAUCAAUAAUGACAUUGUUCUCAUAUCUCUCAACUACUUCUCAAGACAGUCUGAAAAACCAGACUCAAUUUUGAGGUCGAUAUACUGGAAAAGGCUGAUCAUUGACGAAGGACAUUCCAUGAACUCUAGGUCCACACGGGCUGUGCUGCUUGCCAAGCAGCUGGCUGUCGAGCGCAAGUGGACAAUCACAGGAACGCCUACCCUUGGACUCACUAAUCUACAUGUGGAAGAAACAGAAGAGGACUAUACCAUCAAACGGAAAUUCAAUGCCAGAGAUGAUUUGGUGAAGCUAGGCACUGUCGUUUCCAAUUAUCUAAAAGUUGAGCCUUGGAGUACAAACCCAAAGUUGUGGCUCAAUAAUGUGAUCAAACCAUUCGAAAAUAAUAGUUUGAAUGGAGAUCACCAGCUAAUGCAAAUACUACAAAAUCUGCUUGUGAGGCAUUCUGUGAAAGAUGUGGAGUUUGACAUCAAGCUCCCAAAGCUAACGCACCAGCCAGUGUUUCUCAAGCCCUCGUUUUUUGACAAGUUGUCGAUUAAUCUAUUCAUAGCAGUUCUUGCAACUAACGCGGUCACAUCCGAGAGAACGGACAGAGAUUACAUGUUUCAUCCCUCAAAUAAAAGUAUUUUGAGAAGACUAAUCAACAACCUCCAGAAAGCCACUUUCUAUUGGACGGGCUUUUCUAUUCAGGACAUUGAAAACUUGCUUAGUAUCUGCAACUAUGCGCUGAAUACUAUCAAAAAUCGGUACUCUAAAGAUGACAUCAAACUGCUGCAGAGCUCUAUCUAUACCGCCAAGGUUGCCCUGAGUAAUUCUCGAUGGAGAACUAAUUGCAGUGUUCACGAAAUGAGCUAUUUCGUUUCCAAUUUACCGUUAAUGUUCCACAAAACCAUGUCAGUUGCCAACUACGAGUACGAGGUAGAUGACUUCCACAACCCAAUAGGCGUUUAUGGGUAUCCGCAACUGCAUGCUGUUCAGAAACUAUUUUUCAAGAACCGACUGGUGAAAGAGAGUUUUCUUUUUGAGAGAAUACUAGAGGAAAGCUCUAAAGAGUUCUGGAUCAAGUACUGGAAGUCCAACGAGUCCAAGGAAAGUCGGAAACGGGGAUCGUCAAGGGUUUCCAACCAAGACAGUAUUGACUUGGAUAGUGUACGGCUAAUCAAUCACGAACCUAAGUGGAAAAACGAGUUUGACCCUGCAAAAGAAGAACUCGAGAUAACUGCCAGGCCCCAGAAGCGAACCACGAGACAACAUUUUGAGUCUUUGAACCAGUCGCCACGAAAGAAGAUUAAGUACAUUCCAGAAGGGUGCGAUACCCCUAGAACUCCAGAACCUACGAUACCGGAAGGAAACUUUGCGUCGCAUUUGCGCCAUGCUCGAAUUCUGGGUACUGCAUCUGUUAAAUUGUCGUAUUUGACAUCACGACUGUUAGAGAACCAAACUGUCGGAAUCAAGUCGAUCGUGUUUUACGAGUUCGAAAACAGCGCCUAUUACCUCACUGAACUGCUUGACCUGUUAGGCAUGAAUUACCUAAUGUACUCAACAUAUGUCAAGAUAGCGGAAAGAUCUAAUAACCUGACAAAAUUUGAUCUGUGGGACACCUCCGUCAGUGGUGGUAUAGUUCUGGUAAUGGAUGUGAAACUGGCAUCACACGGACUGACAAUCAUAUCUGCAACGAAUGUGUUUUUCCUUAAUCCAAUCUGGAAUAAAACAGUGGAAGCACAGGCAAUCAAAAGAUCACACAGAAUUGGACAAACCAAAGAGGUGUACGUUGAAACUCUAAUAUUAGACAAUACAAUCGAGAAAGAAAUGUACUUGAAGAGAAGUCAGACAAAAGUGGACGAAACCAAAGAAUUGAUUGACAAUACGGGAAUGCAAGAAUACAUUAUGCGGUUCGAGUUUCUUAAGCUAUUCGAGCACUUUCAAGAGGAAUACGAGCCAAUCCGUUCUCAAACUCGCUAUAAAAUGGACCUGGGUGUGCCAAAGGAUGAUUAUGACGAUGGCUUAAAGCUAUUCGGCGUUGAAAGCACGGUCGAAAACGGGAUAAGAACCUGGAAGCUUCCUCUGUUCACCGAACAGAGUCUGGCACGCACCACAGAAAAUGAAUCCAAAAUCAAAGACGAGCCGAUUGACAUUUUUAAGACGGACUUUGAAAUGCAACAAGAAGCCACUGUUUCUGGUAAGCUCUUGCAAAAGCUUAGAAGUCAACGAAAAACUGUUCGUUUUGGCUGA